CCAUUCACUCACUGUACGUCCAGAUUUCGGACCACUGCUCGAAUAGCUUGCUGUAGAAGUUUAGGCAGAAAAAGAUUAAAACAAUAUCGAGGAAAAUACUUCGGAAAAUUCGCAAUUACACGUGCAAGGGAGCUUGCUUUUUCCACCGUAUACACGCUCCCGGGUGUGGUUGCAGCAAAAUCUGCUAGUGGGUGAGUGAAGCAGACACAGCUGCCUUGUUGUUUCGGUGCAGUUUACGGGCCCUCAAUUUGCUAGGGUUUUGCCAUACAAUCUUCUUUCGGUGCGGUCAUCAUCACCACGGUUUCCAGUCAUCCCUGGAACUUUCCGUACGUCCAUGGUGGACGCAUCAGUACGAUACUCAUGGAUCAAUGAAUGUAACAACGAAUGCAUCAAACAGUGCAAUGGUAAAGUGACCGAAAAAAGCGGAAGCAAAAAGUAGUUCCAGAAUCAGACUCCAACGUAGGUGAAGUGCAAGGGUAUAAAACAUCGCCGACAACGUAAUUGGCCAUGAGCUAAUGAUUUUGUUCAACUGAAUACAAGUCUCUUCGUAAAAUGAUCGCGGCUUAUAUAUAGGGCCACGAUUUAAGUAAAACAAGUGUAGCAGUGAAUGCUAAAAGGGAUCUAUUUAGAAAAUAAUCUUGCGUGUUGCGGACAGACUCGUGGACAUAAACACAGUACAAGGAACUUCGACACGAGAGGAAAAUAUAUUUUUCUAUCGGUGAAUAAUUUUAAAUAUUCUUUUUUAACAAUAACUCGUUUCGCUUGUGGAAGUAACAGAAUAGGCGUGUAACGAACGAACGAAGCUGCAAAAAGAUUGAAGUCAUAACAUAAUGGCUGGGAGUAUUAAGCAAGAGGAUGUUUGCUACGUGGUAGCAAAGUACGAUUAUGAAGCGCAGGGAGCCCAAGAGUUAGAUCUGAGGAAAAACGAUCGUUAUCUUCUGCUGGACGAUAGUAAGCACUGGUGGAGAGUACAGAAUACACGUAAUCAGUCGGGAUACGUACCGAGCAACUACGUCAAGAAGGAGAAAAAAUCCGUCUCACUGUUCGAUAGUUUUAAGAAGAAGGUUAAAAAGGGUUCCGGCAGCAAAACUCUACCCAAUUGCUCACCUUCUAGGCAGGUCGAUAGUCCCACAAUGAGCCGACGGUUACCACCGGAUCCUUCGGAUGCCAUCGCUUCUACCCCGAUAGGAACUGCCAUAGUCAAAUACAACUAUCAGGCGCAACAGCAAGAUGAACUGUCGUUGACCAAAGGUACGCGGAUAUUGAUACUGGAGAAAUCGAACGAUGGUUGGUGGCGUGGCCAAAGUGGCUCAGCGACUGGAUGGUUUCCUAGUAAUUAUACAACGGAGGAAAAUGAAGACGAUACUCUGCACACGUACGCGAUGGCAGAAAAUGUGCUUGACAUUGUUGUGGCUCUUUACUCAUUCAAUUCAAACAACGAUACGGAGCUAUCUUUUGAAAAGGGUGAUCGGUUGGAAAUUCUUGAUCGACCAGCGGCUGAUCCCGAAUGGUACAAAGCCCGGAAUAAUAAUGGCCAGGUUGGACUAGUACCUCGUAACUAUUUACAAGAAUUGUCUGAAUAUCUGGCUCAACCAUUCCGGAGCAAUGGCAGUGGCCCGGAUUCACUUGAUCGACGACCUAACGAUGCACAAUCGAAUAACAACAACUCCAACACGAACAACAGCAACAACAAUAACUCCCAGCAACCAGAAAGACCCCAUCUGACCGGAAAAAGCUGGUACUACGGUGCUAUUACACGAAGUCAAUGUGAUACGGUGCUAAACUCUCACGGCCACGAUGGAGAUUAUUUGAUUCGUGAUAGUGAAACAAAUCUGGGUGACUAUUCUGUAUCGUUGAAGGCCCCUGGUCGCAACAAGCAUUUCCGUGUGCACGUUGAAGGUAAUAUGUACUGCAUCGGGCAACGUAAAUUUCACACACUGGAUCAACUAGUGGACCAUUACCAAAGAGCUCCCAUUUAUACUAACAAGCAGGGUGAAAAGCUGUAUCUUGUACGACCGCUGCCGAAAGCAAAUGGUACCUAAGCUCGAUAUAGCUGAAUACAUAAGUCACCUGAUAUUAGCAGGCAUCAGCGAAGGAAGUCACCGGAUCGGUGUUGACAAACGUAUGACUCAUAGCAUUAAAAAGACGCACGGCAAAGCGUCCAAGUGCAGAACGAGAUACAAUGUUGGAUAGAUAAUGUGGUAAUUUCAACCUAUUGCUGGACUGGUUUCCGAUUUGACCUUUGUUCGUGAAACAUCGUGCAUUGUUUUCGGAUGCGAAGUUGAAUGUUUUAUUUUAUGCUGUGUUUGAAUCUUCUAUACAAUUGAUUUUACAUGUUUAUCGACUUUUAAAUGUCUUACAGAAUUUUAGUUUCGAUUAGUUUAUGUAUUUUAAUAUCUCCUUUAAAUUAGGCAUUCAUACUAUAGGUGUGUAUGGAGUGAAAAUAACGAGUGAACGAUUAGUUCUGUAUGUCAUAUUUGAUUCAGCCCUUAUGUAUAUUAUUAUUUUUAAACAUCGAAUCUAAUUUCCACGGAGAUCAUUAGAAAUGACCUAUUCGGUUUAAAAUCAUGAUAAGGAAUGAUACAGCAAAUGAAACAUAAAUCGUUGAAUGAAAAGCUCUUCGAAAUGCAAACUCGAUGUAAUGGUAAUGAUAAUUAUAAAAGUAGUAAUUUAUUUCGAAGCAGCCAAGCUUUAGUAAGGCAGUAGUCUUUUUUUAAGUCACUAUAACAUUGGCUGGGAACUCAACGCGGGGUAAAACAGUUUUAACCAGGAAUACAUUACGCAAUUUUACUUCGGUUGAAUAUUUGUUUUUAUCUAACUAGAGCGUAAAGGUCUUGGUUCUAUAGCAAUCAGUAGAUACUAAUUUGUGCAUCCGCUUAGAAUAAUUAUUCUUCAAUAUAGAAAAAAACAGUCGCUGAAAGAUCCGCGUCCCUUGCUGUAGAUGCGUGUAUGCUUACACUGAGAGGAAUUCUUAUAUUUAAUUGUAGUUCAAAUGAUAACCAAAGCGGUAAACAUUUCGUUUGCAAAGCCCAUCCAUUUUUUAUACGCAUGCGAAUAUGGGUACAAGUAUAUGAACCGUACCCGCAUCCAAAUAGAUGUGACGUCCAAUUCGACGUGACGCAUUUAGCGAUGAUACAUCUUUCCAUCCUCAGAGCAACAACAUGUAUUUGUUAUAGAGCGCAAAGUGUAGGCAUUUAUUUUGUUGCUGUUCAGUAGAUUCCGCAACAACAAAAAAAACAAACCCCAGAGUCUGAACAAGUGUGAGUGUUGAUGAUGAAUAGAAUUGCAAACAAAAACAAACAAUCGUACAGACCACCAAUAAAUAGAAAGAAGUGAGUUAGUUUUACAUCUAUUCCAUUUAAUCUACUGGAUGAACCAAUUGUAUCAGCAAACUAACUAUCAGGAUAUAGUUUCCAUCAGUGAUUUAACUCGGUGUCCCGUGCUUUCGUCAUUAGUGUGAUGACGAAGGAAUGGGAAUGAGCGCUUGGUUCGAGACGAUGGUGUGCUCUUACACCUCCAAAACAGAAAUCCGGCCACUAGUAAACACUAGUUCUGAUCGUAAAAUCUGCGCACACCACGCUGCACAUCAAUAUCGCUUGCUGCGGAGCAGUAUUCGGAAAACCUCUCUAUCUAUGGUUGGAAAGGAAUCACACUAAAUAUUGGUGCUGUUGUUUCCCUUUUCGAGUUUCAUUUAGCGUCUAAGCUAUUGCUGUAUUAGGCAUAAAGUUUCGCCUUUUACCAUUUUAAUCAGAGUGGCAUCUAACGCAAAUAGACAUACGAAUCAAUGUGGCAACAUUGUAUCUAUAUCCAUACUCAUCCGUGUACAGAAGAUAUAUUAAAAUAGGCUUUGAGAUAGGGUUUCCUCAUAGCAUUUAACAUUCAUUCCUUGCUUACACUGCUAAAUGUAACGUUUACUCAACGUUGCGGCGUAUUCGUAUCAUGCUAAUACAAACGUCUGACGAAUAGGAUCAGGACAGAAAUGACGUUAAAACGAAACGAACAAUGCGAAACAGGCGUAUCUUCAUCGUGCAAGCAACACAACAGCACUGUGUACGAGAAGAAUUGUUCUGUAUUUGGGAGCGAUGGUCUGAUAAUUUUAUACAAGGUAGCACGAUGUGAUGGAAUUAGUAAUUUUGAUACUUCCUUUUUAUAUCGACGAGAGAGGGAACGCGAUUUAUUUGGACGAAAACACACAUCCACACCAACGCGUCCGACAGCCGCGAAUGGUGUAAAUGUUUUGUCGUGUGUAGUGUAAGUGUAAAUUGGUGUUGUGAAGCUCUCUAAUUUUCUUCUCGCUUCUCUAAAACCUGUCCCCAAAACAACCACUGUUGGGCCAAGGUAUGUGAUGGAGCCUUGUAGCAUACUUGAGAAAGUAUACAACAUUGCCGAGCGCUGUUUGUUAAACAUAGCUAAACGUUUCGGUUUACAGCAAGCACAACUGGGGCAUGAUUGGGAGUUUUGAAACGAACAUCCAUAUGGAGUAUUAUGUGUAUUGCGCCAUUAGCGAAACACAUAAUCAAACAAGAUCGAUACCUUGAAACCGAUCAAAGCAUAACCGUACACAGCAUCUGUGAACGGCAGAAACGAAUGAGAAAUUGUGAGAAUGAGUUCGAGCCUAAAGAUAUCUUCCGAAAAGCAACGGUAUAUUGAGUAUUGCCAUUUUUAGGUGUGCUAACGAGUGAACAAAAAGAAAAAGGUGGAACGUAAAUUCAUACUAACGAAGCAUUGGCACUAAUUUUUCGUGAGUAGCGGUCGAAGCGAAUUAAUCAACGUUAUACAUACAUAUAGCUAAACUAUCUACUUACAUCACAUAACUACAAUCCGGAAUAUAAUAGCAGGUGUAUGAAAUAGAGUAAUGAUAAUCGAAUUUCGCGAACAAAUGCCUUUGAAUCGAAGGUGAUUGCGAGUGACACAAGAAAUGGGCUACGAAGUGCCAUUUUCAAACCGAUUUAGUCCCUAAAAGCGUAACUCAAACGUGCAUUGUAAAGAAAUACCAAUUGGGCGGUAUGCUGGCGAGUAUUACCAAGUUUUACAUGCUAUUUUUUUUUUGCUUGGCAUCAUCGACUAACAGAAAAUAAACUCUAAACCACGUUUGGUGCGGUUGCCCAUUAUACUUGUAUGGAUAUGUAUGGAUAUGCGAAGCAACCAGAAAUGCAUGGACUGUUGUUCUGUAUGUGUGAGGGGAUCGAUCACCAACAAAGAUAAAGCUUUCUUUUCAUGCAUCGGAUUGUUUCUUUAGCUGUCGACCAAAUAUCGUAAGAUGAUCCUUGUUAUUUUGAUUGGAAAACAGCAUUACAAUCAGUUCAGGUUUGCUGGCCGGUGUGGUUUCUGUAAGAUGGUUGAACAUAGAAAUAAGUGUAUGAGGGUAGUGAAAUUGUAGAACCUUUUUUCAGCUAGACACAACACCCGCUAGAAUCUCUUCCACGCGAAGCAAGCAGUCUCUAAACUGGACGUGUGCAACAAUCCAACACCAGUAUGGUGAAUGAUCGCUAUAACGUUGAUCGACUCCUUCCAAGCGAAUGUUCACUCAUAAAUUCUAUUCUUUGCUACUUCACUUCAUCAUACCGUUAAGGCAUUCAUUAAUUUAAGCAAACGUUUGCGAAACUUUGCCACUGACGUUUGGCACAGCGCAGUAUGAAACAUAAAGUCAAUGAAGACAGGGAACAGAAAGCAAACAACAAUUGAAGGCACGAAAAAUUAAUCACGAAGCGCAGUGGUUUGAGAUAGAAAUGAAGAAUGAAAUCAUCCUAAUACCAAAAUAUACAAGUAAUAUAGAAUAUUAUAAAAUAAUAAAAUAAAACAGGAAGUAAUUGCAAACGAUCGAUCGUGAACAAAUAAGGAAGGGCAAGUAAAGACUCCUCACAAGCUGAUACGUAGCAAGUGGUGUAGCAGUGUUGUUGCGAACGAUUUGAAACGAACGACGUACGCUCGGUAGUGAACCCAAUGUUGUGGAGGAAUCGUUUAAUGUCAACACUGAUGCUAAUCACUGACACAGACUGGAAACGAGUGAACUAGGAAAGUAUGCAAAGUAAAGACAUAGGCGUGAAACGAUGAGAAUAUUGUAUAUCGUAAAGAAAAAAAAAAACAACUAAGUCAUCGCAAUAAAGGUAAGAUCAAUGAAUCUAGAGAAAGAACAUGUUUAUUAUUUUUAGUGACUUUGUUUUCUUGAAACAUAAUAGAAAUACUUUAUGUUACAUGUGGGAAUGUUCAGCAACCAAUUUCAUAGGGAAUGCAAUAAGUAGAUUGAAUGGCACAAAGGAGUGGGAAGAGUUCAUGGGCACUUGUGAAGUAGUACCGUAG